AUGGCGAGUGCAGACCUGUGCAGCGUAAUGCAAGAAAGAACAGCCUGGGUGUGUGGACAGGUUCCCAAAAAGCUGGAUUCUGGCUUCUGCCAGCCUUCCUCAAGACGGUCUGCAAAAAAGAAAGGAGGAAAAAUCAGCAAGGCUGAGAGGGAGAGAUUGCAGAGAGAGGCAGAUGAACAAAGAUUGAGAGAGGAAGAAGAAGCUCGUCUCAUUGCUGAACGUGAGGAGAAUGAAAGGCUGGAGAGGGAGCGAAUAGAACAAGAGAAACAAGAGCUACUUGAGUUAAAGGACAGAGAGCGCAGAGAGGACGAGCUGAAUGAACUGCGGCACAUUCUAGAUGAGAACCACUCUGCAGUCACCACGUGGGAAUCAGAAUGCAGGAACAAAGCUAAGUGGGAGCGUUACAUGCGUUGCGACGGCAGUCCGGAUCCAGCUGUGCAGCCGGAAAUCAACUCAUUCAUCAGUUUGUGGAGAGAAGACUCUGAAACCCAAAUCCAGCAGGUCUUGGAAAACUGUGCUCUGGCUCUUCAGUUGAUAGACGAACUAGACUUCCUCUUGAGUGAGGGUCCUGAGCCAUGCACUGCUCAACAGUAUCGAGAAACAGUCCUUUGUCUACAGAAUAUCAACCUCUACAAACUCAACCAGGCCACUGAGGAGCUUCUUAAGUUUGCAAAUUCUAGUUCUGACAUUGAGACUGGCAACAUGCAGACUGUAGUCCAGAACGACAACAUUUCUCUUUGUCUGUGGGCCAACCUAAACAAAAAUCCAAGGUUUAAAGGUUACCGGUUCGAGGAGGUGGGUCUGGGCUUCGAGUUGCCGAAGCCGCUGGCUGUGAGUGACAUCGCUGUUCGGAUCCUUCACACACGCUAUGACCACUUGUCCCACCACAGCGAGCGUGAACAGGUCCAGAGAAGGAGAUCCAUGAUGGAGGGCUUUCUCACUUUGCCAUCUGAGAGUGCUGCAGUGGUGCAAGCUGGGAAGAUAGAGGGAGAGGAGGAUGAAGGAGAAAGCUCAAAGCAGGUGGAGGAAGAAAGCCGUUCAGUCAGAUCAGAGAGCAGGAAGAGGAGUGCUGUGAGUGUGAUCUCAUCUAAGGAGGGGAGGAAGAGCUCUUCAAUCAAGCUGUUAGAGGAAGGAGAAAGUCAGAUGGAGGGAAUCGCUACAAAUUUAGAAGCUGAUCAAAAUUGCUCCAACCCAUCACCAGCUGAACUGGUGUUUGACAGUGCUGACAUAGUGGAUCUGCAACAGUUCACACCCUUAGGCGGAGUCUUCUACUUUGAUGUCUUCCAUCUACCACCCCAGUCUCAUAUAGUGAAGGGCUGGGAAAUGAGAGAGUUGUUAGAGACCGGUCUGCAGGUGUUCCCCUAUCCCACAGAGCAGUCACACGUUCAGAGCUCUACCUCAGUGAGGCUGGAUGAACACAGUAGCACUGUUGUCUCAUUGCCUGUAGGGGUCACUGUAGCUCUGCCUGACUCAAUAAUGUUUCUGGAGGGUCCACAAGUGGCACGCUGGGAUCCCAUCGGCCAACACUGGCGGACGGACUGCAUCUCUGAGACAAAUUAUGACGCAGAGACCCGCAGCAUCUCCUUUCAGAUGAAUGCAUUCUAUGCCUUUACAUUACUGCAAGAGUCUUAUGCUAAUAUGCCUUUCCAGUCAUGGGAGCUGAGGCCCCUGGGCCAAGACUCAGCAUUGUUCACAAUCACUGGAGCUCUUACUGAAGUCAGCAUCACAGUCAAGGGUAAGCAGUGUAUGCUGCAAAUGGAGGAGAAAAAAGACCUGGAUAAUCUUCUAGGGAAGUGGAUGAGCCCCUCAGAACUGCAGAAGGCCAUGAGGAGAGCUGGGAUCAAUAUAUUUGUGAAUGAGUAUUCUGACAAGUACGUCAGCAUCAACUCAAAGGAUCCAUUAAUAGAGCACACAGUGUAUGAACAGAUGGCCCUAAUGUCCUCAGCCGUGGCUUUUUCCUGGAGCCGCUGGAACACACAAUGCGGACAAGAGCACCUUGUUCUUCAGGCGUGUGAGCAGCUGGAAGCGGUGCCAGUGGCUGAGGAGAUGUGGUCUCUUUACUUGCUGGGUGCUCAGAGGAACCAGCAUCUUAAGAUGAAGGAGCAUGACAACAGCUUCUCUGCUGAACUGGCCGAGGGCAGCGAGUUCCACUCCACCUUUCAGCACAUGCUCAGACAGGACAUGAGCAUCGAGGGACAAGCUAGAGUCCGUCAGUCUCACUAUCUCUACACAGACACCAUACAGAGGCUCCUAUGUGCAACACGUGUCCUCACAUAUUCCUGAGAUUAGAAAACAUACACAUCCAGAAACAAGCAACACGCAUACACACUAAUAUCUAAAACAUUUAACACCCAUUUUGAACAUGUGAUAGUCAAUGCAAUAUGCUGAGGAUAUAAAAUUACACCCAGCAUACUUCUCUUUAUAACCAGCAAGUGGAGCCAAAUAAUCUUGAAUGCAUUUUUCUGAUACCAGCAAAAAU